AAGCAACAUGACCACUUGUGACUUAUACGAUAUCUGGUCCAAGGCCUGUAAUCAUUAUGAUUUACCCGAGGCCAGCAUACGUUCCUGGUAUGAACGUAUACGUUGUAAACUCAGCGAAGAGGAUAGUAAACGUGUCUAUCACAAUUGGUCAUUUAUGCUGGCCCACAAACGGCCCGAAUUGGAGAAUGCCAAACCGCACAUUGUGUUGGCAGCCUUUUUCCAAUACUAUGAAUUUGAUUUACAAAAAAAUUGUGUACAAGAAAAUUGUGAAAUAUUUCGUGAAUUUUGUCGUGAUGCCAUGGUGGAGGAUGAUAAUAUGAAACAAAUUGUCUGCCGUUUAUUGGGUGAGAAAAGUACUGAAACAAUUACCUCAGACAUAGAUGAUGAUAUGGCCAUAUUACAGGAUUUGGAUUUGUUGAUAUUGGCUUCCUCACCAGAUGACUAUAAAAACUAUGCAGAAUUAUCACGUCAGGAAUGGUUGAAUGCUGGUAAAAGUAAUUAUGAAGAUCUGAGACGUAAGACUUUAAAUGCCCUAUUGGCCUUGGACAUAUAUCAGACACCGGAAUUUAAUGCCAAAUAUGCCAAAGCAGCACGUGCAAAUAUUGAACGGGAAUUAAAAGAUUUAGAAAAUUGUUAGAUAUAUAU